AUGCACAGCAGUCAACGCCAGGAGAGUCAAGAUGGCGAGAACGUCCAGUGGGUACACAGCGCCAUCUGUGGCUUCCCUCCCGGGACCCUUCGCUCCUACCUGCGCAACACACUCACCAACCUCCACACCAGCGUCUUCCGUUGCCAUGGGAAUCAAAGCUCCCCGACCUUAUGUCCCGCCCUCCUCUCUCCCGAGCGGCCAAUGAAAGAGUCCAUCCCCAUCCUUUACAAUUCAAUUAACCGGAAACUACCACGCCCAGCAGACACCGCGGUGACAGGCUGCGGCUCAGCCGGCUGGGUUCAAGCCAGUUUCCUGUUUCUUGUACGGAAGGGCGCAAGCCUCAGCCUUGAGCUUGAGGACCGCUGUGUCUUGCGGCGUCCCGGGAGAGCGUUCUAUAAUCUUCACGGCCUCGGCAUCCAAAAAGACUGUUCCACCCGGAGGCUGACAGAGAUGCUGCCUCAGGCCGCGAAGAGAGCAGCAGGCGCCGGGCGUGGAUUGCUGCGGCGGAGGGGAGUUGCCGGGCCAGAGUGGCGGGAGGCCUCCUCCCAGCUGACCUUCGCCACCCGUCCGGGUAGCGGCAGCAGAGAUCCUCCCGGGUCGGAGAACCCUCUCAAAGGGUGGGCCCUGGCUGUGAGCCCCUUUGGCCAGCUGAGAGUGCGGCUCCCUUGCCACGUCUCAGUGAGUCCCCUCGACCCACAUCAGUACCCCGAUGCUAACAGGGCAUUUGUUACAGUGAGUAGACAGAACCCCAGUCCCCAUCCUGGUGCAGACCUGGAUGAUGUGCACGUGACAUAUGACACAGAGCAGAAAGAGAUGGGAGUCCUCUCAGAUGACAUGGACAGCACAGCCUCUGUGGAUGUGAGGAUCCCAGUAAAAUUUGACUUGGAUAUCAAGACAUCAGGGGAUGGCUGUGUGAAAAUUGAAAAAAUUGAAUGUGAAAGUUGCAGAAUUAAAACAGAGAAUGGAACUAGCAUUUUACAGUCAAUAAAGAGUAAGAAUAUUGACAUUCAAGCCAAAGGAGGCAAAGUGAUCAGCCUGGGAACUCUUCAGGGAAAUGCUGAUAUUCAUGUGUCACAAGAAAGUAGUGUGGAUAUUGAAAAGCUACAAGGGUCUGCCAUUAACAUUUCUACCAAAGAUGGUUCAUUAAAAACCAAAUAUCUUUAUGCAGAGUCUUCAUUUCUGUCCUCAACAGCUGGUGAUAUUCUCAUGGGGAAUGUUCAUGGUAUUACCACCCUUCGAACUAAAACAGGAAACAUCACAGUAGAUUCUUCAGAAGGAUUCCUAAAAGCUUCCACAUAUCAAGGGAAGAUUGAUGUUUAUACAAUUAGUCAGGAAGGGGAAGUGGAUCUAAAGUCUCAGAAUGGUUCCAUUACAGUCAAGGUACCUGCCACGCUUAAAGCUUAUCUGCACUUAUCUGGAAGCAAGAUUGACGUGAGCCCUGAGGUUCAACUACAGAGGACCCAGAAUGUCUCCAGAGAGGGCUGCAUAAUGGUUACUGGCCAUCUGAAUCAAAGGGAGGAAAACGAAAAAUACAUUAAAGCAGAGACACAAAAUGGCACAGUUUAUCUCAAACACCAAACCUGGUUCCAAUCUGUAAAGCUGAAGACUCCACCCUAAAGGUUUUUUUAUCUGAAUUACAGAGACAUAAAUAAAGAUCAUGUUAACUGUAAAGAUUACAGACUCAGGUGGGCAGCUGUGUUGGUGUGAAGCAACAGAACAACGUUUGAGUCCAGUAGCAUCUUUAAGACCAACAAAGUUUACUUCUGGAUAUUAAAAUGGUUGGUCUUAAAGGUGCCACGGGACUCCAACUUUGUUGUUAAGGUUAGAGUUAUAUUGUUGCUGCCUUGUAGUGAAUGGGUGGGGUCUUACCCAACUUUUGUAUAUCAGAUGGCUGUUCUUAAUUUACUCUUGCUUGUGUUAAUGCUUCUGGUGUCUCCUAUGGCUCCCAAUUGUAGCAUGCUCAGAAGUUAUAAUAUAGACAUUCUCUAAUUCUGCUCUUAAUUAAUUUAAAUGGUGUAUUCCCUUUAACUGACCUGUGUAUUAAAACUCAAAACAUGAUUUAAAGUU